UGUAAUCUCUGUUGCUUUUGCGACUGCAGUUCACUAAUUAACCGUCCAGCGGUUCCCUUCUUCAAAGCCCGCAAAGGGCGCUGGGAUCGUCCUCUCUAAACUCGUCGGGAUCAAAAUGGGUCGCGUCAGAACCAAGACCGUUAAGAAGGCUGCUCGGGUCAUUAUCGAGAAGUACUACACCCGACUAACACUAGAUUUCCAUACCAACAAGAGGGUAUGCGAGGAAAUCGCCAUCAUUCCCAGCAAAAAGCUGAGGAAUAAAAUUGCUGGGUUUGUUACCCAUCUGAUGAAGCGUAUCCAGAAGGGUGCUGUACGUGGCAUCUCCAUCAAGCUGCAGGAGGAGGAGCGCGAGCGCAGGGACAACUACGUCCCGGAGGUGUCUGCCCUGGAGCAAGAACUCAUUGAAGUUGACCCUGAGACAAAGGAAAUGUUGAAGGUCCUGGACUUUGGCGGCAUCCCCAACCUUCAGGUGACGCAGCCAAUCACGGCAACACAGAAUUUCCGCCCUCGACAGUAGGGUGUUCCAUAUUCAACUGCAUAAUAAACAACCCUUUGCUCCA